GCUCCUCCUCGGGAGGUCUUGGGGAUACCUGGGCAGACCCAGGCUUGGAGGCUGGACCAGGAGAAGGAAGAUGGAAGGGGAUCCCCUGACAUCAGAUGCAGCAGAUGCUGAGUCCCAAGAACUGUGGGGUUGGGGACACGGGCUCUUCCAGAAGGGCAAACUGGCACAUGGAGAAAAGCGGGAAUUGUCUCUCCGCAGGGCGCAGGUGGGCGCCGGCGGGCUCGGGCACAGGUGGGCACCGGUGGGCUUGGGCACAGGUGGGCGCACAGUGCAGCAGGUCUUGGCUUUGCCUGUAACCGUCCUUCUUUCUGUGCCCUUUGGGUCUUUCACCCCAUUUGACAGAUGGGGAGACUGAGGCCGGGGCUGUGUGUCCCUCUGAGAGUUGGAGCAGGACUGAGUCCGGAUUCGACCACACCAGGAUUCUCUCUCCUCAUUUCCGAGCCCCGGAGGCGGCCAGGCCACAGACCCCUGCAAGUGGACCCUCGGGCGGCGGGAGACCAGGCCCUGACGCCAGUGUGGAGGGGAAGGAAGGGCCCGCCCCCAGCCCAGCGCGCACAGAGGCCAGGGCCGAGGCCUUGCGACUCAUCCACCCAGGGCCCCACAUCCCCCCCACCCGCAGCCCCGCGCCCCAGCCUCUACCCACACCCGCCGAGAUGCUGCGACCACAGUCGGUGACGUCGGAACGGGGCCCUGGGGGGCCGGAGCCCGAGGAGCUGUGGGAGGCGGAGAUGGAGCGGCUGCGAUGCUCCGGGGCACCCGUGCGCGGGCUGCCCUAUGCCAUGAUGGACAAGCGCCUCAUCUGGCAGCUGCGUGAGCCCGCGGGAACGCAGACCUUGCGCUGGCAGCGGUGGCAGCGCCGGCGGCAGACGGUGGAAAGGCGCCUGCGGGAGGCGGCACAGCGGCUGGCCCGGGGCCUGGGGCUCUGGGAGGGGGCUCUCUACGAGAUCGGGGGCCUGUUCGGCACCGGAAUCCAGUCCUACUUCACCUUCCUCCGCUUCCUGCUGCUACUCAACCUGCUGAGCCUGCUGCCCACCGCCAGCUUCGUGCUGCUACCCCUGGCCUGGCUCAGCCCCGCUGACCCAGGCCCCGCCCUGAACUUGACCCUCCAGUGCCCCGGAAGCAGCCAGUCCCAGACCGGCGUUUUGAAGUUCCACAAUCAAGUUUGGCAUGUUUUAACUGGCAGGGCCCUCACCAACACCUACCUCUUCUAUGGAGCGUACCGGGUGGGGCCUGAGAGCAGCUCAGCAUACAGCAUCCGCCUGGCCUACCUCCUCAGCCCACUGGGCUGCCUGCUCCUCUGCUUCUGUGGAACUCUGCAGCGGAUGGUGAAGGGGCUGCCGCAGAAGACUCUGCUGGGUCAGGACUACAAGGUGCCUCUCAGCAGCAAGGUCUUCUCCUCCUGGGACUUCUGCAUCCGGGUGCAGGAAGCGGCCACCAUCAAGAAGCAUGAGAUCCGAAAUGAGUUCAAGGUGGAGCUGGAGGAGGGCCGUCACUUCCAGCUGAUGCAGCAGCAGACCCGGGCCCAGAGGGUCUGCCACCUGCUCUCCUACCUGAGGGUCAACGUACUCAUCGGGCUCCUGGUGGUUGGGGCCAUCAGCGCCAUCUUCUGGGCUACCAAGUACUCACAGGACAACAAGGAGGAGUCCUUGUUUCUGCUGCUCCAGUACCUGCCCCCUGGGGCCAUCGCCCUGGUCAACUUCCUGGGUCCCCUGCUGUUCACAUCCCUGGUCCAGCUGGAGAAGUACCCUCCCAACACCGAGGUCAACCUCACCCUGAUCUGGUGCGUGGUACUGAAGCUGGCCAGCUUGGGGAUGUUCUCCUUCUCUCUGGGUCAGACCAUCCUGUGCAUUGGCAGAGACAAGACCAGCUGUGAGUCCUACGGCUACAACGCUUGUGACUAUCAGUGCUGGGAGAACUCCGUAGGAGAGGAGCUGUACAAACUGAGUAUCUUCAACUUCCUCCUCACCGUGGCUUUCGCCUUCCUGGUCACCUUGCCUCGGAGGUUGCUGGUGGACCGGUUCUCAGGCCGGUUCUGGGCCUGGCUGGACCGGGAGGAGUUCCUGGUGCCCAAGAAUGUGCUGGACAUCGUGGCGGCGCAGACGGUCACCUGGAUGGGUCUCUUCUACUGCCCCCUGCUGCCCCUGCUGAAUAGCGUCUUCCUCUUCCUCACCUUCUACAUCAAAAAGUACACCCUCCUGAAGAACUCCAGGGCGUCUUCGCGGCCCUUCCGAGCCUCCAGCUCCACUUUCUUCUUCCAGCUGGUGCUCCUCCUGGGCCUGCUCCUGGCCGUGGUGCCCCUGGGCUAUGUGGUCAGCAGCAUCCACUCCUCCUUGGACUGUGGCCUCUUCACUAACUAUUCAGCCCCCUGGCAAGUGGUCCCGGAGCUGGUGGCCCUUGGACUCCCGCCCCUUGGCCAGCGUGCCCUCCACUACCUGGGCUCCCACGCCUUCAGCUUCCCGCUCCUCGUCAUGCUCAGCCUUGUCCUAACCGUGUGCAUCUCCCAGACCCAGGCCAAUGCCAGGGCCAUCCACAGGCUCCGGAAGCAGCUGGUGUGGCAGGUUCAGGAGAAGUGGCACCUGGUGGAGGACCUGUCGAGACUGCUGCCGGAGCCAGGCCCGAGGGACUCUCUGGGCCCGGAGUCCCCUGCUUCUCGGGCUUCGCGCCCACGGUCCUUUUGCCCAGGAUUCCCGUGCCCUGGCUCCCCGGGAUCCCGGGACCCGCGGCCGGGCCCCUCCGUCGUGGAUGCCCUGGGGCUGCGCUCCCCUUGCCCUGGACCACGUGGUACCCCGGCCUCCACCCACAGAGUCCGCUUCCCCAGCGGCCCGGAGCUGUAAACCGGACCCGCAUCCUCGAGGCCUCCCUGGGACCCUUCCAGGUCUCCUUACUCCACCUUCCAGGAUCCUGGUGACCACUGACCCCUCAUUGGCCCCAGGGCCUCCCUCUGGGGUCCCCAAAGAUGGACACACACCCCCAGGGGCAUCAGGAAGAACAUAUGAAAAUAUUCUAUCUGUAUUUUUAUCUCAUCCCUUUAAAAUGUCUAAUUUUUAUUGCGUAUUUUAUAAUAUACCUAAUCUAUUAGAAUAGU